AUGAUUGAGAUUCGCAAAGCCACCCUGGCAGACACCACUGACAUCAUCCGCAUUGGCCGGGAUGUCUUUGCUGGCACCUUUGGCCACUCCGUGCCGGACGAGGAGCUCCUGGCCUAUCUGGAUUCCGCGUAUACGGAGCCGCUCAUCACCGCCGAGCUAAAAGACGUCACCAAAGACAUUUUUGUGGCAAUCCACCACCACCACCUCGGCUCCCAGUAUACGAGCGCGGACUCUACAGACGCUGCCAAGUCCAGCAGCAGCAGCAGCGCAUCGAACGAUGAACAAGGAGGAGUGGUAGUAGGCUUCGCGCAGCUGACACGGGGCAGCUCGGCGGCGGAGCCCUGCGUCGCCAGCCUUGCCCACGUCGCCUCGACGGUCGAGCUGCAGCGGCUGUACGUCGACAUGGCGCACCACGGCAGAGGAAUCGGCAGUCGGCUCGCCGGUGCCAUGGAGGACAUUGCCCGCAGCGAAGGGUUCACGCACAUGUGGCUUGGCGUGUGGGAGGAGAACAGCGCCGCCGCCCGUGUGUAUGCCAAGCUGGGCUACUCGGCCAUUGGGUUUCACGACUUUACGGUGGGAAGCAUCGUGCAGCGCGACGACAUUCUCAUGAAACAACUAUAA